CGCCUGCCGGCCGAGUCGCAUUCUUGCUUUGCUGCCUCUGCCAUGCGUAGCGCUAUGCUCAGGCGGUCAGCGAUUGCUCAGACUGCGGUUGCACGGCGACGUCUCAACACAUCUGCACGAUCAGUCGGGUUCGCGUUCGACAUCGAUGGCGUUCUGCUUCGAGGUCGACAAGUGAUACCAGAAGCCAAGACGGCCCUGCGUCUGCUCAAGACAGACAAGGUGCCCUUUAUCUUGCUCACCAAUGGUGGCGGCCUACACGAGAGUGAGCGAGUGAAGAAGCUGUCCGAUCAGCUCGAUGUAGAGAUAACAAUAGAUAUGCUGCAACAAGCUCACACGCCUUAUCGAGAUCGAGCGAGUGAGUACAAAGACAAGGCUGUUCUCAUCGUGGGCGGCCACGCUGGCUCUCCGGAUGAUCAUGUGAGGAACAUCGCUGUAUCCUACGGCUUCGAACGCGCCUAUUCCCCUGGCGAUAUCCACGCGUGGGCGCCCUCAAUUUAUCCCUUUGGCGAACCGCCCAGCGAGGCAAGGCAAGCAGAUUUCAGCAAGACAAAGUUCGAAGCCAUCUUUGUCUUCCACGACAGUCUGAAGUGGUACCGCGAUAUCCAGAUCAUGAGCGACGUCCUCACUUCGCCAGAUGGUCAUAUCAGUACAGACCGAGAUUUCGACGCUGGCUCACCUGCUCAAUCUGUUCCCGUCUUCUUCAGCAAUCCGGAUCUCAUCUUUGGCAAUGACUAUGUUGUCCCGAGAUUCGGACAGGGCGCUUUUCAGGAAGCCCUUCGUGCAGUGUACAAGAGGAUAUCAGGUCACGAUCUGAAGGCGCACGUCAGUGGCAAACCAGAGAGAGCGACCUAUCAAUUCGCAGACGGGCUACUGAGAGGGCAGAAUGGCGGUGAGCAGCUCAAACGAGUCUACAUGGUCGGCGACAACCCACAAUCUGACAUCAAGGGCGCCAAUGACUACGGAUGGCAAUCUAUGCUCGUCAGAACUGGCGUCUUUCGAGGGACAGACAAGCACGCAACGUCAAACGCAGGGGUUUACGAUAACGUCUUGUUGGCCGUCGAGGCAGCAUUGAGCAAGUAGAAUGUACGAUGACGCAAAUGUAAUAUGUUGUUCAUGCAUUUGAUACAUUGACCUUGUCUAGAUGGC